AUGUCACAUGCCCCGGACCUUCCAGACGUAGAAAGAUUUGAGUUUCUAAAAACGUCUCUUGAAGGUGAAGCGAAGACAGUCAUAAUCAUAAACCAUCUCCCGUUAACGUCCGCAAAUUACCACAGUGCGUGGGAAAUAUUGCGAGCUCGAUACGGGAACAAGAGGGACUUGGCAAGAAUCCACAUUCAAGCUCUUCUCGCCCCACACAAAGUUCUAUCUACUGAUGCCUGCUCAAUCAAAUCACUGAUCAAUGCGAUACUUGAACACACCGCAGCAUUGGACAAUCUGAGCCUCACGACUCGUCAGUGGAACCCAUUGCACCAACCGCAGUUGACUGAGUUCGUCGAAUUUCUACGUUGUCACGUGCGGGCAGCCGAAACACGAGCAGGACACUACGCUACGGUCAGUCCAGGUAUAGCUGAAUCAUCAAGAGUCAAAUCUAAACCAUCGCCGUCGAGAGGAGCUCGUCCAACAGAGUCAUCUAAAGUUCUCGUGGCAGCCACCAAAUCCACGUCGAGCCCAACCACUUGCAGCCCACUAUGUAAGGAAGCCCAUUCAGUUCGAAAGUGCGCAGUCUUCGAGAGCCAAAACCCAAGUGAACGAUUCCAAACGGCAAAGAAGCUUCAAUUAUGCAUCAAUUGUUUGGGAUCUGGACAUACAUCGUCGGCAUGUCCAUCAAAGUAUACAUGCCAAGCAUGUAAGAAACAGCAUCAUACACUUCUGCACUUCCCGGAUGAUGUAACCACGGGUGACCAUGUUCCUUCAGCAGCUACGAUGUUCACUGCCACUCAAAGAACUCAGCCAAUCCUACUGUCAACAUUACUCAUCAGUGUCGCAUCUUUCGACCACCAGAAACAUACUCUACGAGCACUAUUGGAUACGGGAUCUCAGGUCAGUUUUAUCACGAAGCAGUGUGCAGAUCGCCUAUCAUUGACCCGCCGACGUUGUACCACAAAAAUCAGCGUGUUCUCAGUCACACUGGUUAACGUGGUGUCCGGCAUGACCACAAUCACAAUGUCACUAGUAAACCAAUCUGAACCAUCCAUUCCUGUUGAUGUUCUUAUUGUACCGAAGAUCACAGAUGUCACACCUCAAGAAACUAUUCAAGCAACAUCGUGGCUUCACAUAAAUCAACUGGAUCUGGCAGAUCCAACCUUCCACACUCCAGGGCAAGUUGAUAUCCUACUCGGCGCAGACGUCGGACCAGCUAUAUUCACCGGUGACCGCAUUGCUGGUCAUCGACAUAAUCCAACGGUCUUUGGCACAGUAUUUGGAUGGGUUUUGAUGGGACCAGCUGCUGCAAUGACACCCAAGUCAGUCACGUCAAUGUUAGUCACCUCUGAGUCGACACUUGAACAGUCCCUGUCAAAAUUCUGGGAGUUGGAGGAGCCACCCCAUAUACACCAUUUGAGCCCAGAUGAAAUCCACGCAGAAAGAAUAUUCAAAUGCUCGGUGAAACGUCUGGCCUCUGGUCGAUUUAGCAUUGCGCUACCAUUGAAACAUCCUCGCCCAAUCCUCGGAGAUUCUCGCAGCAUGGCUCAAACGCGAUUUCGGUACUUGGAACGCCGAUUGUCGCAAAAUGAAGAGCUUUCCCUACAAUAUAAGGAGUUCAUGAGAGAUUACCUUGUGAGUCAACAUAUGCAGGUAGUCCCGACGAAUCUAAGAAUGACUCCAUAUUGCUACUACAUCCCACACCACUGCAUCAUGCGUACUGAGAUAACAUAUGGUACCUCUUCUGCUCCGCAUCAAGCUUUGCAAACCUUACAACACCUAGCGAAGAUCGAGGCGACAACAUUCCCCAUCGCUUUUCAGAUCCUCAUGCAAGACACGUUUGUGGAUGAUAUACUCACGGGGGCCGAUUCUCCAGAAGCAGCUUUAAGGCAACAAUCACAACUAUUUGCUUUAUGCAAACAAGGCCAAUUUCAACUUUAG